UCUGCUUCUUUUUAUAACCUUUAAUUCAGAAUCCAGAUAAGCCUGGAUCCAAGGAUGAUAUGACCACAGCAAGCACCAUGGGACCCUCUAGAGAAAUCAGGAAGACUUUUCAAAACAUGGUGUGAUGUCUACUGCUGGAGACAGGCCAUGAGGUCCAGGGAAGAGGGGGUGGCCUGAUCCAGGGGCAAUGAAGGUGCAAUGCUGAGGAAUCAGCUGGAGGAGAGAAGCAGCAGGCACCAUGGAAAAAACAAAAACGAAGCAAGGAGAGAAUGAACAUAUGACGAUGAAUAACCCUUCAACACAGAUUUACCAGUUGCAGGCCCUGGCCUCUGAACUCAAAACUGGUUUCACAGAAGCAAUGCAAGAACUGUCCAGAAUUCAACAUGGAGAAUAUGCUUUGGAAGAGAAGGUUAAGAGCUGCAAAUGUUCCAUGGAAGAAAAAGUUACUGAGAUGAAGAAUUCAUUAAACUAUUUCAAGGAAGAGCUAAGCAAUGCUAUGUCAAUGAUACAGGCCAUCACUUCCAAACAAGAAGAAAUGCAACAGAAAAUUGAACAGCUUCAACAGGAGAAGCGAAGAGAAUCUCGAAAAGUAAAAGCCAAGAAAACUCAAAAAGAAGAACACAGCCCACAGGCCGGGCCUGGUCAAGCACAAGGAAGUCCCUUCCGUUCAAUCAACGUCCCUGAGCCUGUUAUUCCAAAUGAAGACUUUACAAACAUUCUGCCUUCUCAAGCCUAUGAAAAAGCCCAAGAGUCCAGAUCCAUGCAUAUAGGAGACAGUAAUGUGAAAGGAAUGAUGGGUCCUGGAAUGAACCCAACAACUCCAGAAUCAGAAGAAAACCUCAAGCCUUGCCUCCCAGCUGAUAUCCAGUCUAAGGGCCAUCUGCCAUCUGGUGUGUGGAGGCAACCUAAGGAUGGUAAAGAGUGGGGUGAGGAAUAUGUCACAAAAGACCACCCAGAUAAACUCAAGGAAGUUGGCCAGGGCAGACAUAGCUCCUUGGAAAAUGUUUUAUGUGAAACCUCUUUAGCUGCUAAAAGACAGACUGUGGCUCUGGAACUGCUUGAAUCAGAAAGAAAGUAUGUCAUUAACAUCUCUCUCAUCCUGAAGAUCAAGGCAACAUUCCAGGGGUCAGAUGGAAAGAGGAAUUCCAAAGAGAGAAGCCUCUUUCCUGGCUCUUUACGGUACCUUGUCCAGCAGCACUUGGAUUUGCUUCAUGCUCUGCAGGAAAGGGUCCUGAAGUGGCCACGCCAAGGAGUCCUUGGAGAUUUAUUCCUUAAAUUAACAAAUGAUGAGAAUAAUUUCUUGGAUUAUUAUGUUGCCUACCUGAGGGACCUGCCUGAAUGCAUCUCUUUGGUUCACGUCGUUGUUCUGAAGGAGGGUGAUGAAGAGAUUAAAUCUGACAUCUAUACACUGUUCUUUCACAUAGUCCAGCGCAUCCCUGAAUAUCUGAUACAUCUGCAGAAUGUCCUGAAGUUCACAGAGCAGGAACACCCCGACUAUUACCUACUUCUGGUGUGUGUUCAGCGUCUUCGAGUAUUUAUCUCACACUACACCCUGCUGUUUCAAUGCAAUGAGGAUUUGCUUAUUCAGAAACGGAAAAAGCUCAAGAAGUCAUCCAUGGCAAAACUGUACAAAGGGCUGGCUUCCCAGUGUGCAAAUGCCGGGCAGGAUGCUUCCCCCACUGCAGGCUCUGAAGCUGUCCGUGACAGUGGGAUCCAUUCGGAAGAGAUGUUGCAACCUUACCCUUCUGCUCCAAGUUCUGGCCCUUCCGUCACACAUUUGCUGCCCCCAAUGAAGAAAAGCCAACAACAGCAAAGCUUGAUGGAGAGUAUGCAGCCGGGGAAGCCCAGUGACUGGGAGAUGGAGAGCAGGAAGCACGAGAGGCCCGAGAACCUCCUGGCGCCCUCGCAGUUUUGUGCCGCCGAACAGGACGUGAAGGCGCUCGCCGGGCCCUUGCAGGCCAUCCCGGAGAUGGACUAUGAGCCCUCGCCGGCCGAGCCCUCGUUGGGCAACGUGGAGCGCUCCCUGCGCGCCCCGGCCGAGCUCCUGUCCGACGGCCGCGGCUUCGUGCCCUCGGCUUACGAGGAGUUUGAAUAUGGCGGCGAGAUCUUCGCGCUGCCCGCGCCCUACGACGAGGAGCCUUUCCAGGCCCCAGCCCUCUUCGAGAACUGCUCGCCCGCCUCUUCCGAGUCCAGCUUGGACAUAUGCUUCCUCCGCCCUGUCAGCUUCGCUAUGGAGGCCGAGCGGCCGGAGCACCCGCUACAACAGCUGCCUAAGAGCGCCACGUCGCCCGCGAGCAGCAGCGGCGCCUACAAGCUCGAGGCGGCUGCGCAGGCGCACGGCAAGGCCAAGCCGCUGAGCCGCUCGCUCAAGGAGUUCCCGCGCGCACCGCCCCCCGAGGGCGUGGCCCCGCGCCUCUACAGCACGCGCAGCAGCAGCGGCGGCCGCGCGCCGCUCAAAGCCGAGCGUGCCGCGCAGUCGCACGGCCCGGCCGCCGUCGCCGCGGCUCGCGGCGUGCCCAGGGCCUACUUCCCCCAACAGAGGUCCCAAAGCGAAAAACAGACCUAUUUGGAAGUAAGGAGGGAGAUGCAUUUAGAAGACACCACCAGAUUCUGUCCAAAGGAAGAAAGAGAAAGUGAACAAACAUCUUUCAGCGAUCAAAACCCCAGGCAAGACCAGAAAGGGGGCUUUCGAAGCUCCUUCCGCAAGCUCUUUAAAAAGAAAAAUGGGAACGCAUCUGGUGAAGAUUUCUGUGGUCCUUGGGGCUGGUGGUGACAGCAAAGCUUUCCCAUUUCCAGGUAAACACUAAAUAGUUGCAUGUUGGAACCAUCAAAGUGUGAUGUGUUGGGUUUUGGAGAGAUCAGAUAUAGCUUAGAGGGGAAAUGCGAGGUAAAGAUUUUAAGUUUCGACAAAUGACUAUCUUGUGUUGAGAAACUGCCCUGGGUGGGGAAUGGUUCAGAAGAAACAGCAGCCAGAUUCAAGUCUUCUUCCUACUUCCUGCCCCCAAAACUACAAGCAUUCCUAGUCUUCCGGAAAACAGGCGAUAUGAGGAAAGAAGGAAAUGGUCAAAGAUAAAUCUUCCUAACAUUUUGGGUACAACUGUACUAAUUAGGGCUGAUUUGAACUGGAGGCAGGUGGGAACUCUGAGCAUUGAGAGAGGGCCUGGAGGUCUGUCAGGGUGGGCUUGUGGAGGCUGUUUCAAGGCAGAGUUCCACGGGGGCUUCUCAAAGGGAAGAGGACUUGCACUCCACCCAGAUAUUACCUUAUCUGAUGAGUACCCAGAUGUGUUGGGGUUGAGAAACACAAUAGUUUUUUUCUAUGCACGGGGAUGCAGUGGAAAAGUGCUCCUUUUGACCAGAAAACUCACCGGAAGUAGAAAGCAUGCUGGGCAGCCGUGGCUUCAUCUGAUACCAAAUAUUAGGGAGAAAAGUAAAAAAAUCUAGUCAGUCAUCAGAUUUCUAGACAUUAGGAUUUCAGUCUUUGUGUGGAUCCAACUUCUUUCCUUUAAAAAUAUAAAAAGGAUGUUUGACCUCUACCCAAUUAGUUCAGUAAAUGAGAGUCAUAAUUAACUGAUAACAAUAAUGAGGACCUGUAGCAUACCAAUGAUAGUGAAAAAACGUUUUCUUCUCUGUGGAUAGUGGAAACAUGCCUGACUCUGCCUCCACACGUGGAGAACGUGUUUAGUUGUGUAGGAGCUUUGGACAAAGAACUUCAUGUCUAACGUCACAUUCAUACACUCUGCAUGAGGUCUUUUGAUACUGGUUCUUAGUCACUGGGCUAGUUUUACCCGUUCUAGCUCAGAGUUGAAGCUAGCCGAAGGGCCCCAGACUAGCUUAUCAAAGGUUAUCUCCAGAAAGCCUCCUCCCUCCAGGGACUUCUGACAGGAACAAACUGGAGAAGGUGCAGAGCUGGAAUGGAUUGCCCAACUGUCUUAACCAAGAUAAAGGAAGAGUGCACCCUGGACUGGGGAACCUACUGGACUGAUCUGAGUUGUUGACUAUUGGUUGGGCUUGGUCUCCUCUGUGGUGGUUGAGAUUACAGAAUCUCCUCAAGCUGAUUGCUGUAUUAAUUUCUGCAUUCUGCUAAAUGUAGCAUAUAUGUGUGGUUGGCUUCAAUAAAUCUUUCAUUUAAAAAUGAAAACAAGCAAAAGCAAGAGUUUGUAAUGUAAUGCCCAAGUUUAGUAAUGGCCCUUGGUAACCUUGGUUGAGAAUGAUGAAUUCCAUCCAUUUUAAUUUAAGGGCCUUGGUAAUUUGUGGAGUAGUUAUAGGACA